CGACGGCCGCAACGAGACAACCGCCGCCGUGCCACGCUUACGUCAACACUGCACCGACCGCCGCUCAAACACUAAAACAUUGUCAUGUCGUCCACUCGCUACGUGUUCGCUCUGCCGUUCGUUUGCGUCGCCUGGGCCGUUAUAGCCACCGCUUCCGUGCCGCCGCCGCCACAACAGCAACGGCAAGAGGACGGCGGCGCUAGCUCGACGGGAUACGGCGCGGUCCUGUGGUCGGUGCUGGACGACUGUUUCUUCGACGACGGCGACACGGCCGCACCGGCCACGGUGUGCCUCAAGUCCAAAGCGCUGACGGCACUGGACCGGGCCCUCGGCAAGACCGCCGUGACCCUCGCGGACGGCGUGACGCUCGCCGCCCGGGCCGGCAAGUCGCUGCAGACCGUCGACCCGCAGGCCGAACGGGCCGACCGCGCCGCCCUGGACGCGGCCCCGGACGCGGACGCCAAGAACGCCCUGCUGGACGACAUGCUCGCCAGCCGCAUGGACAGGCUCAUGUCCACCAGGACCAUCGUGCUGGACGGAGCCGGCCAAGAAGGUCGCAAGAAGAAGGACAAGGCCAUGAAACAGGCCAUGAUGAUGGCCGGCAUGAUGAUGGCCGGCGUCAUGGGCCCUAUGGCGCUGAAGAUCAUCGCCCUGAUGGCCGGCAAGGCGCUGUUGCUGAGUAAAAUCGCCCUGCUCCUGUCCGGUAUUAUGGUGCUCAAAAAACUUAUGAUGCAGCAGCAGAUGAGCGGCGGACACGAGCACGUCGUCGAGGCGGCGCCGUCCGGUCACGGCCAUUACCGCCGCAGCAUCGACGCGCACCUCGCCGCGUAUUCGGGCCAAAUCCAAUAACCGAUAAUUUUGUAGCACAAAGCACGUCGACAACAUCGAAAUUUGGGCUACGCCUGUGAGAGGGGGGGUACUAGAUACUUCCAAAAAAAACAUUAUGACAAUAUAUCAAUAAUAAUCAUUAUUGUAUGCGUGGUCGCCACGACUAAUUAAUUUAUUAUUUAUUUAUUUAUUUAUUUAUUUAUUUAUUUAUUUAUAUAUAUAUUUAUGGACAAAUCAAGCCUUCCAUGUAUUCAUCGUUUCGAAUAUCGUCGUAUGCAAAAUAUUAAGUUUAACUCUUAAACCAUCAAUGUAACAAUAAAUUGACUAUGCAAUAUGUACUUAUUAUUAUUAAAUAUUAAUAUUAUUAUACGUAAUAUUAUAUCGUACCCGUGAGAACGAUAAGUGUUCGUAAUUUCUUUUAAUAUCUUUAGAAAACUGUUGAUUACUUUUAAUAUUUUUUAAAUGUAAUUUAUAC